AUGGACCCUGUAGGCGCCUUGGACCAGUUGACGAUAGAAGAUCCGGAUAACCCGGUCGGCAACUUUUUCAGCAUCACCUGGUUUGACACCGAAUGGCACAAGGUCAAAGGAUACUGCGACCCUCACGCGGAAUCCUACGACUCCUUCCACGACUAUCCCGACGUGAGAAUUCCCCAGUCUGUCCUGGGCGACCGCAGGUGGUCCCCCGAACAAAUCGAUGCACGCGCCGACGAGCUGUGCCGUCGCCCUCUCGAGCACCUCGACACGGCCGAUCUCGCCACCCUCUACCAGAACCUACACGACAUUGACGAAGCCUUGCGCCAAAUACAAGAUGAUUGGCCCGUCAAGGGUUUCUACGUCGGCUCGCAAUUCAUUGAGACCGUUGUCGUCCCUCCGCAAGAGCAGCAUGCCUACUCCUACGAGGAGGGCCUCUCGGAUUUUGAGGAUGAAAUGAGGGCUGCCCACGACUGGUACGAUUCGGAAGACGACGACGACGACGACGACGACGACGAUUUCAACGAUGUUGACGGCCUGGGCCAGCCCAUCUCCAGUGAUGAGGACGACGACGUUGACGGCCUAGCGCAUCACGAGGCCGAUGUUGACGAAGAGGAGGAACCCAUCCGCCCCUUCGAUCCCAAACCUUACUCUCUGAAUGCCGAGGAGUACCAAGCCAGGUUCCACGUCGACCUCGCCAAACGGCUGCUCCAACGCUGUAAGCACAUCCGGAGAAUCGUUCGGACUCGGUCUCGGAAGCAUAUGCGACCUCUAAACCUCGGCGACAUGCCGCACGACAUUCUCGCACGUAUUUUCGCCCCCGAGGAAAAUCAGACCAUCGUCCAGAAGGGAUAUCGCCCGCCAGAGUACCUCCGGAACAAGGAAGAGCUGAACCUGAUGAAGUCUCUACGCCUUACUUGUCGAUCUCUUGCGGACAUGAUCGCCCCGCUGCUUUUUUCCUUCCUCACUACCAUUCGUAUCGCCGCCCCUUACCAAGAUGCCUUCAUCGCAGAAAAUCCCGCGCACUUCGUCGACCACGUUCUUUAUAUCAUGGUACAACGUUUUAUGAUCACCGAUGAGGCGACUGGGAGAAGUCAAUGGUGCGGCGGCUCGCCAGGAGAAGAACAAGCUUGUUACGAGUUCAUGGCCGGCGUCAGACAUUUCCACAGCCUCGAUCGCGAUGAGGGUUUCAAUGCUCGGGUGCCGGGAGGCGAUUGGUAUGCCAGGUUUUCACAACACACGUUUCUCUUUCACUGCUGGAACGUCUAUCGCAGCAAGGUGGCUGAGGAAUUCCGCGUCCUGGAUGGCAUCUACAAUGAGGGAGACAACUUUGUCCGAUUAGUUGCAGACGCCAUCGCCCGGAUGCCCAACGUCGAGACCCUGACCUUCUCGGAUCACUCCCAUGACCAGCCUUGGAUCAUUAAAUACCGUGACACACGCAACAAAUUCACUGAAGAGCCGCUCUUUGAUCUCUUCACGCGGGGGAGCAACUGGGAUAAUGCGAGGAACCUCCCCUCAGCCGGAUCGCAGAAUCGCUGUCUGUUGAUGUUAGUAGCCCUCUUAUCGACGAUAGGAAGUCGCAACAUCCAGCUCAAGCAUCUCGAAAUCAAUGUCACCGCACCUAAUACGCUCACCGGGUUCAGCGUCACACCCGAUGCCAGGGAGGGCUUCCAGCGGGCUAUGCGAAACGUGGAGUUUCUCAAAUUCCACAUCGCACACGACCCAUUUAACAGGACGCCCAUGGCAGGGAAUUACCCCCCAAGAGAACCCGAAGAACUAGACAGCCUGGAUGAGUUCCUCGACUGUCUUCUGUCGUCGAAUAACCUUCGCGAGCUCGACCUGAGCUUCGAGUCGUUGCGGGAAGAGAACGUGGACGACCCCGUGAGAUAUUAUCUUCCAUCUCUUUGGAAAGCUAGGCCUUGGCCGCACCUGCGCAAAACCACGUUGAACAGCGUUUGCAUGGACUCCACGAAGCUCAAGGGCUUUCUCGGCAACAGACCCCUGUGGAUUACGGAGUUACACAAGCCGCACAUGUCCUUCGGCACUUGGACGGAAGCCCUCGAUGUCAUGCGCGAGAAGUACGACACCGAAUGGUCGCGACCUAAUCAAUGGGGCAAGGUGGAUGAUAAACUGAAAGGUUUGAACAUUGGCGGACGUCUCUGGGAGGCCAGCGGCGCUGAGUGCUCGACGAUGACUCGGAUGGCCUACGCCAGGGCCUUUUCGAUCCCGCCCGGCGGAUGGCCAAAGAUCAAUGGCAAAUACUCACAUGAGGGGUUCUGGCAAGCACAACACUAUAUCUCUCAUGAGCAGGACGUCAACCCUUGCCGAGACGUCUGA